UCGAGUCAUCGUUUCCAACCGGGCCUCGAAUGGGAUGUCCUCCACACCGACACCAUCAUUCUCCUUGGGCUCACUCAUGCACUCUCCAAGCAACCACUUCGAUGCACUUAUUUACUGCAUACAGCGAAUCGUACAAGGGAUACCUCCAGUGUUUGUAUGAACUUAACAGCGCACACUCGAAAUUCAAUAAGUUAUUUAAAACACUAUACCCCAACGGAUUAGAUGCAUACGCGACGCCAAGCCAAUCAACACCUGCAGUAUCCCGCAAGCCUUCAGAGGCGAGUUUACAAUACUCUAAGAUGAACACUGAUAUCCCUGUUCGGACGUCUGGAUUCUUCACUCGGUGGAUGGGAUUGGGGGCACUGACUACUCCCACGCCUGUCCUCGGUACCAUCACCAACCCUGCCCAUGGACCUGUCGAAGAAUUCAUAUUGUCAGGAGCAGCAUUUGGCUAUGGACUAUUCAAUUUAGUCUUGUCUUUAUUACCUGCGAAGAUGAGAAACGUGGUCGGAUUUCUUGGGUAUAGUCAUGACAGGCAACUGGCGCUCAAAGCGCUUGCAGUGUCUGCUGCACGCACAGACGUGCAUGCCGUCUUUUCAGGGUUGGUGUUGAUGACCUACUAUGGUGUCCUGCUACUCGCCUCCGGAUAUCAAGCAGACGAAAAGCACAUCAUAGAUCAAUACUGGGGCAUUGUAAGGAGGGUAUCGCAGCGAUAUCCUAAAGGGUCUUUGUGGAUACUCAAUAAAGCCAAGAUCCAACGUGUGACAGGUGAUUCGGAGGGGGCUAUUGUUACACUUCAAGAGGGCCUGCAAGAUGACCGACAAAAAUCGUUCCCGCAAGCCGAUGCAUUGUUGGCCUUUGAACUAGCGUGGGUACUGUUUCAGCGUAGACGAUAUGAAGAAAGUGCACAAAAGUUUAUGGAUGUUACGAAGAUGAACAGUUGGAGUCAUGCGACUUAUCACUUUCUCGCUGCUGGGUGCUAUAUAUCCAUGAGACAAUGUGACAAGGCUCAAAGACUGUUGGAUGCGCUCUCAGAAAUCAUGGACAAACGAAGAAGUAGGAACAUGCCCACAGAAGUGUUUAUCAAGAAGAAACUCGCGUUUUACAAGAAAAAGCAUGCUCGUCGCGGUGGAGAUCCCAAGCGAUUCGCAGAAUCCAUGAAAAUUAGCCCUGCAGAAGAGCUUGCUGUCGCGUGGAAUACGCAUGCACAUGCCGAUAUGGAAACGGCUUUGGCGCAUAUCGAAGAGUUGACAGCGCUCACACCGCCUGUGGACAUACAGACCGAGUAUAUGACGCCUCCGUCGAGCACGCUCCAGUUAGGGAGUCUUCUCGACCUGGACACACCAGACGAGUUGGCAGUGCGUUCACUUAUUUUGGGAAUCUUGCACCGGACUUUGGGUGACUACGCCGGUGCGCGGAAGCUGCUCCGCGAUGCACUGAAACACUAUCAGAAUGUAGAUGUGAAUAGUUGGGUUGGUGGGGUGAGUCAUUUCGAGCUGGCUGUAUUGGAUAUGAAGGAAGGUGAACGGAGAUCUGCCGCGAUGAGUGAGGGGAAUCCCGCGGAAGAUGAAACGGUACUGGAAGUUUGGAAACGCGCGAUAAAGAGUGGAAAGGACGCUCUUGCACACGCCCAUGCGCUGUGUACGCGAGAGAUGGAUUUGUCGUCGCGGUUGGAUGGUCGGAUCGUGAUGUUACGCGAGGAGAUUGAUAUGAAGAUGAGGCAGCUGGGAAUUUCUGACAUGUAAGCAUGCGGUUGGAUUGAAUUGGAUCGAUAAUCUGGCCCGGACAUGUAAUACGCUAAUAGUGUAUCUGCAAUGCGGGUGCACAUGGCCCCUUCUCAUAGAGAUCGUUG